CCUACGCCGGAACCGACCCUGGCACCAACAGUGGCUCCAACACCAGAUCCAACACUUGCACCAACAUCAGCGCCAACGUCAGCGCCUACGCCAAUGCCGACGCUGGAACCGACCCAAGCACCAACACUGGCACCAACUCUGGCACCAACGGUGGCGCCAACGCCAGCGCCAACGCCAGCGCCAACGCCAGCGCCUACGCCAGAACCGACCCUGGCACCAACAGUGGCUCCAACACCAGAUCCAACACUUGCACCAACAUCAGCGCCAACGUCAGCGCCUACGCCAAUGCCGACGCUGGAACCGACCCCCACACCAACACUGGCACCAACUCUGGCACCAACGCUGGCGCCAACGCCAGCGCCAACGCCAGCGCCAACGCCAGAGCCUACGCCGGAACCGACCCUGGCACCAACAGUGGCUCCAACACCAGAUCCAACACUGGCACCAACAUCAGCGCCAUCGUCAGCACCUACGCCAAUGCCGACGCUGGAACCGACCCCAGCACCAACUCUGGCACCAACGCUGGCGCCUACGUUCACGCCGACGUCGGCGCCGACCUUCGCACCAUCAGCGGCACCAACAGUGGCACCAACGCCAGCGCCAACGCCAGCGCCUACGCUGGAACCGACCCUGGCACCAACAGUGGCUCCAACACCAGAUCCAACACUGGCACCAGCACCCACCCUGGCACCAACAGUGGCCCCAACUCUGGCACCAACAGCAUCGCCUCCGACGCCGGCAUCGCCAGCGCCUACGCCCGCGCGUACUCCACAGCCCACCGAGGUACCCACUGCAGAGCCUACUCCAGGGCCGGCGUGUCCAAACACAUGUUAUGGUUUGACGUGCGACGAACGUAUGGAAAUUGGCUCGCAGUCUGCUGAAGGCCGACCUUGGACUUGUGCAUUGCUUGAGAGUGAUGCUGGAUGUGAUUGUGGCGGGUGUCUCUGCCAGACAACGGACGCUACUCCCACAGAUGUGUUCACGGUACCUGGCUGGUACAUUGCAGACGAAACUCUUCCAUCAGGCGUGACGUCGUCAGAUCUCAUGUCUUCAACGGUCUACAAAGCCGGCAAAAUAUCUGGUUUGUCUGCUGUGUUGUCCGUGCCAGCGUCUGACAUUUCAAUUACGGGUUUCACCGUAAAUGACGACAUGUCGGGCGCAGUCUCUGUGAAGAUUAGCUUCACGAUUCGGGCCGCCGACGAAAAUGCUUCCACUGUCAUUUAUUCCACGCUUGCUGUAGCUGCAGCCGAUAUCAAAGUCCAAACUGACAAUGCUAUGGCUGCCGCUGAUUGGAGUGAUGAAUUUGUGAUCACCGCCGCUCCUAUGAUGACGAUUCCCGUUGUGGCCACUCCUGGGAUGGCGACGCUCGCGGACAUCGCAAAGGCGGAGGACACUGUUGCUUUCCAGCUGAUCACAUCGAAUUUGUCAAGUAUAACGACGACGAUCGAGGGAAUAGAGCUCACUGUCACCAAGGCAAGCGUGAGCGAUGCCAUCGACGGGCGUAUCCCACUGCCAGACGUGAGCGCUGCGACUGGCGUGGAAGUGGGUCUACCCACCUCGCUAUUUGACGCCGUCGGAGUUGAGAGAGCGCUGGUCUUGGCCGCGAACCUCCCCGCAUCGGCCGUGCCCGCGGGAGCUCCAGGCAUGCAGGUAGAGGGCGCGAUCAGCAUCACCCUGAAGUCUGUCGAGGACGGUUCGACCCUGUCAGUGACAGGCCUCCCAGAUCCGAUCUUCAUCGACCUGCCGAACGUGAGCGACGGCCUCGCUUGCGCCUAG